UUGUAGUUAAAUUUAGUCAAUUUAUAGUCAUAUAUCAUGUCUGUUUUUGGGAACAGUGAGCUAUUCGAAGAAUUUGAAAAUCCGGAUAUAUCAGAUGCGGUUUCAAAUAGUGGAUCUGAUGACAGUGUGGAAGAUGAAUACAAGGAAAAAUAUAGAAAUUUGAAAGUUGAGAAUGAGAAACUGAAAAAAAGUUUACGAUUGUUUGAAAGACCUGCAAACAUGAAGAUCAAAGAUUCUUCAAAUGAUGGACCUGUAGCUCAUGUUAUUUUAUUUAAUAAUGUGAUUGCAAGGAAAUUCAGAGAAGAAAUAAAAGAUUUUUUCCUUGAUUUGUCAAAUAGAAGAUUAAAUGGUGACUAUUCAGUUUGCACUGAACCACAACCAGCGUUUAUUCAAUAUUCUUCACCGAGCCAUCACUCUCAUAAACAUAGAAAGUCAUCCAGAAGAUCAGAAGCCACUAAAAAAGCAUUUCAAGCUUUCAGCAGUAUUCAAAUUUUUAAAAACUUUUAUGUUGAUCAAUUGGGUGAACCAUUGUCAUUCGAGGACCCAAAAUUCAGUGAUUGGUUCUUCCCGGAAUAUGAUAGACUCAGUUAUGAACCAAUGAAUGGAGAUCCUGAUGAUUAUAUGCAACAGACAAAGAAAAGAAAAAAAUUACAGAGGAUUUGUUUCAACUGUGGUGGGUCAGAUCACCAAAUGAAAGAAUGUGAAAAACCUAGAGAUCAUCAAGCUAUUUAUGAGAGAAGACAGAAAUUCAUGGAUGAAGUGGCAAAGUAUUCAGAUGGAUCGCCACAAAUUCGAGUCGAUGGUCCAAGAUAUCAUGAAGAAGAUGAAGAUGAAGACAAAGCAGAUAGAUUUAAACAUUUUAAACCUGGUGUUAUCAGUGCUGAAUUGCAAGAAGCACUUGGGAUUACAGAAGUUGACAUUCCUCCUUAUAUUUAUCAAAUGAGAAGACUAGGUUAUCCACCUGGUCAUUUGCAAUAUGCAAGAACAAAGAAGUCUGAAUUAACAUUAUAUGACAAUAAUAGUUCCAACGGUGAAAACAAGGAGAAUCAAUACAUUCCUGUUGAGGUCGGCAAAAUAGUUGGAUAUCCUGGAUUCAACAUUCCACCUCUUCCUGGUCAAGAAGAUAAGUUCAAAGAACAUUGUGUUGGACCAAUGAAUGAUGCGCAGAGUAAAGAAGUGAUGGUAUCUUAUUUUGAGCACCGCAAUAAUUUAUUCAAUCAACGAAAACAAGCAGAGCAACAAGCUAAAGAGAGAGAUGAAAAAGAGAAAAUUCAAAACCGAGAUGAUGCAGAUGUAGAAGAAGUUGAUAUGGACAUAGGUGGAGAUGAGGAAAUUUCUGUGAUAGGUGAACAAGAAUAUAUUGAAUUUCAACCCCAUGCCCCACCAAGUCCCGUCGUAAGAACAAAAAGAGAAGACUCUGAUUUAGAAGAGGGUGAAGUCGAGGAUGACAUCGAAGCUGACGUUGGCAGUUUAACGGAAGAUGAACUUGAAAUUAAGAGAGAAAUGCUUCUUAAAGAACUCAAAAAAGCAGCAAGUGAUAGUAACAAUGAUUCAGACUACAGAAAUAUUAAAACUAACGAUCAUGAUUACAGACUUCCUCCCUCUGUUACUAUUGAUCUUACUGGUAGUACAUCAGAGUCUGAUGUCAACCUAACUAUUCCUGUUGUUCAAGAGGAAAAAGAAGACUUGCAACCUGAUGUGAUGAUAGUGGAGUCAUCUUCAGAUGAUAAAGAUGAAAGAGAUGAACAAGCAAUUGCUAUAAAAGAACGAAAUACAUCAAGCGAUACUGAUUACAGAAUGAAUCCAGCUUUUAUUUCUAUCCGAUCAAACGAAAAUUCUCCAAUCACAUUUAAUACUGAUGCUGUGGAAGAGAAAAGUGAAUUAGAUACCCCACAAAGUCCCGACUUUCAAGAAAAACAAACUGUUUCCACAGAAAUGACUGGCGAUAAUAUUGACUCAAAUUCCCAGCCAGCCCUUCCAGGUAGAAAUAAAUUUGCGAAAGGAAUUACUCAAUUUGACGCAUACUAUUCAGAAAGUAAGUCUCAAGGAGUUUACAAAAAAUUACGAACACUUUUAAAAGAUUCACCAAGGAGGCAACAGGAAUGGAAGAAAGAUGUAUUUUCUUGAAUGCAGUUAUAGUUCGUUAGGUCAAUGGGAACAUUUAAUUUUUUAGCUAUGAAGCUAUUGCUCAAAUUUAUUUCGAUAUCAUCAAGGCAUACAAUGUGGAGGGUACAUCCAUAAUUUUCCUGUGAAGUAUACAAUAUUUCAUAUAAGUAUGCUCAAAGCACGAAGAAAUGUUUUUUUAAUGUAAUUUAAUAAAGUUUGCCAGAAAUACCAUUAUACAUUAUCCAAUUAUAGUAAACAAUGAAAAUUUAAGAUUUUCAGCAGUUCGGUUUUAUCGUUUGAAGAUUAAAUAAAUUUACUCAUUCACAGAUUAAUAUUAUUAUGUCAAUUAUUCUCUCAAUGCGACUUUUAUUUAUAUGACAUUGGAUUGUAAACAGUUACGUGCUGUGGUAAGAAAACAUUUUCAAUCUCUUAUUAUUAAGAAUUCAUAUGAAUUUCCAGAAUACUAUAUCAUUUCAUUCUUAUAUCGAUGAAACAACUUGUUACUUCUAUUCUUAUGAAACGGUUUUCAUUUUUGAAUUAUUUCGAACAGUAGGCUUAGGUGAGGUAUCUGAAUUAUAUUGUGAAAUGCCUCUUUAUUUUUUGAUGUCUGGAAAAUGUAGACAUGUAGCAUGGCUCAGCUAAGCACAUAGUCUGAUGUAGAUGGCCCGAGUGAGAAAGGUUUGGAAAUCCUUGUUGUCCCAGGUCUAAUUCUUAUUCUGAAUGUCCACCAUGAAAACAAUUUCAUAUUUUGGUAAACUUACAGUGUUUAUGUCAUUUAUAUUGAAACUGAGCAGAUUCAUAAAUCAUUAUAACGAGGCAGGUUAUUUAUAUUUAAAUUAUUCCCAAUGUAACAACUAAGGUCAACUAGUACUUAUGGGAAUGUCAAGUACUCAGUGUUACCAUUGCACUCCUUAAAAUAACACAAUGACUUGAGAAAAACAAUUUCGUAUUCCUAUGGGAGCUUUCCUAAUGUAUUUGAAGAAUUUUGUUGAAAUGUGGUGAUUCCAAAAUAAAAAUUCAGACACCUUUUUGAUUUGUUUUUUUUUCUGCGCAAUGUAUUUGUGUAGAGUGUCAUAUCAUGUUUGUUUUGUCUGUUUCUUGAAGUAAUAUUAUAAAAUAUGACUUAACAACAAUGCUGUUUGGCUGGUAGAGAUAAUCUGAUUCACACAAGUUAUGUAUAUAAUUUGGCAUAAUUCAAAUACUUCUGAAAUUUUAUUUGAGUCUCCAAGUGGAUGUCACCCACCUUACAUCCAAUAACUGGUAUGUUAUGCAUCAUUAUACAAAAGGUAUCUGUAUCAUUAUACUUGUAAGUUAUAACAAAAUAGUAAAAUCUCCUCUCUUUUUACAG